UCUCUCUCUAUUUAUUGGUUUUUUUUUGUUUUUUAAAUCACCCAAAGUGGAGUUGGGGUUGGGGGGACCCGUUAUUUCCAUGGCUGGCAUAGAAGGAAUUGCAGCGGUGGGAGGAGCUGGAAUUGGAAGUGGAAGUGGAAUAGGGGGAGGAGGAGGAGGUGUCUCAGUCUCAGAGGCUUCCCAGCAGCAGCAGCAGCAGCAAGGGACUUCAAGAGUGGCGGUGGUGGAGAGGCUGAACCCAGCAGUUCAACAGCAGCUAAACCUAGACUCCGUCAGGACUCGCGCCAUCAGCCUCUUCAAAGCCAUCUCUCGCAUCCUCGACGAUUUCGACGCCAUUGCUCGCACCAAUGCUGUUCCUAAAUGGCAAGAUAUAUUGGGGCAAUUUUCUAUGGUUAAUUUGGAACUCUUCAAUAUUGUCGAGGACAUUAAGAAGGUUUCCAAGGCUUUUGUCGUCCAUCCCAAGAAUGUCAAUGCUGAAAAUGCUGCGAUUCUACCUGUUAUGCUGUCAUCAAAAUUACUGCCAGAGAUGGAAAUGGAAGACAAUUCCAAGAGAGAGCAGCUGUUACUUGGCAUGCAAAACCUUCCCCUCUCCUUGCAAAUUGACAAAUUAAAGAAUAGAAUUGAUAUGAUUGGCGCUGCGUGUGAAAGCGCUGAGAAGGUCAUAGCUGAUACCCGCAAAGCCUACUUUGGUACUAGGCAGGGUCCUACACUUCUUCCAACCAUAGACAAGGUUCAAGCUGCCAAAAUUCAAGAGCAAGAAAAUUUACUUCGGCAUGCUGUCAAUCAUGGUGAAGGGUUGCGGAUACCCGUAGAGCAAAGACAGAUUACAUCUUCACUCCCAGUGCAUUUGGUAGAUAUACUUGGUGAUGGUGCCCAGACUUUUACAGAUUCAUCUGGAAUGUACAUGAAAAGUACACCUCCCCUAGCAUCAAGCAACACUAGCAGUCAGGGAGCCAUGUUACAGGCUUCUGGAGCACCACAUAUGGGAAGGGCAGCAGCUUCUCCUAGUGCUGCUAGUAGUACCUCUUUUGACCAUACAACAACGUCUCCACUGCCGUAUGCCAAUUCCCCGAGGUCUGGUGCAAGCAUGAUGAAUACUCCAUCUCCUCAGCAACAGUCACACCAGCAACAGCAGCAGCAGCAGCAGCAGCAGCAAAGGCAGAAAAUGAUGCAAUUGCCACAGCAUCAGCAGCAACUUCUCGCUCAACAGCAGUUUAGGCAGUCAUCAUUGCCUGGACUAGGGCAGAAUCAACAAGGGCAGCUGCAUGAUCUUCAGGGCCAGUCGCAACAAAAAUUCCAGGCGUUACACGGCCAACAUCAGAUGCAAUUCUCUCAGCCACUGGGGGCCCAGCAAUUUCAGGGAAGGCAGCUGACAUCUGGGGCCAUUCAGCAUGGUCUGGGUCAAAGCCAACUCAAUCAAGGAAGCCAACUGAAUCGUCAUUUAAACCAGUUUUCUAACCCUGCAAAUACUGCAUUAUUUAGUGCCGCUCAGAAUACACCAACUACCCAGAUGAUUCCAAACAUGUCAGCGAUGAUGCCAUCUCAACCACUUAUGCCCAGAAUGCAGUUUGGAAUGUCUGGUGGCAGUCGGACUCUUACUUCACAAAACCUCAGUGACCAAAUGUUUGGCAUGGGAACUACCAAUCCUGGAAGUAUGAUGCCCAUCCAGCAACAGCAGCAACAGCAUGGUUCACAAGGUGCUUUUGGAAACAUGCAACAGAACAUGCAGAAUCUACAACCUGGAAUGGUGCCUCUCCAGAAUACACCGCAAAAUCAUCCCAAUUUUCAACAACAAAGACCGCAAAACCAACAGUGAUAUUAGUUUAUACUUGAAAAUUCUUGUUCUAAUUAAAAUUUUGUUGGAUGACUUUCAUAGCAUAAGACGUGUACAAUGAUGCUGCAUAUCAGCAUCAAAGUUCUGUAUCACAUGUAUUGACAAUUCCAGCAUGAAAUGGUAAAUUUUUUUUAUUUU